CACACGGUCAACAUGUUCCGGCCAAGUUGGAUUCCCUUCGCCAGUCUGCUGUUCCUGCUCCUUUGGAGCACCGCCCGGGGCAGGACGGCCAAGAGAUCGGACGUCUAUAUAGCGGGAUUCUUCCCCUAUGGCGAUGGCGUGGAGAACUCCUACACGGGACGGGGAGUUAUGCCGAGUGUUAAGCUUGCUCUGGGCCAUGUUAACGAGCAUGGAAAGAUCCUGGCCAACUACAGGCUGCACAUGUGGUGGAACGACACUCAGUGCAAUGCUGCCGUGGGCGUAAAGUCCUUCUUCGAUAUGAUGCACUCGGGUCCGAACAAGGUAAUGCUCUUCGGGGCAGCCUGCACCCACGUCACCGAUCCCAUUGCAAAGGCCAGCAAGCACUGGCACCUCACACAACUGAGCUACGCGGACACCCAUCCCAUGUUCACCAAGGACGCCUUCCCCAAUUUCUUCCGGGUGGUGCCGUCGGAGAACGCCUUCAAUGCACCGCGAUUGGCCUUGCUCAAGGAGUUCAAUUGGACCCGGGUGGGCACUGUCUACCAGAACGAGCCGCGCUACUCGCUUCCCCACAAUCACAUGGUCGCAGAUCUGGACACCAUGGAGGUGGAGGUCGUGGAGACGCAGAGCUUCGUCAACGAUGUGGCCGAAUCGCUAAAGAAACUCCGCGAGAAGGACGUGAGGAUCAUACUGGGCAACUUCAACGAGCACUUUGCUCGAAAGGCCUUCUGCGAAGCUUACAAAUUGGAUAUGUAUGGUAGGGCCUACCAGUGGCUGAUCAUGGCCACAUACUCCACUGAUUGGUGGAACGUCACACAGGACAGCGAGUGCAGUGUGGAGGAGAUAGCCACCGCCUUGGAGGGAGCCAUUCUAGUGGAUCUGCUGCCCUUGUCCACCAGUGGCGAUAUCACAGUGGCCGGCAUAACUGCCGAUGAGUAUCUGGUUGAAUAUGACAGACUGCGCGGCACCGAAUAUUCCCGCUUUCAUGGCUACACCUACGAUGGAAUUUGGGCUGCUGCUCUGGCCAUUCAGUAUGUGGCCGAAAAGCGCGAGGAUCUGCUAACACAUUUCGAUUAUCGUGUCAAGGACUGGGAGAGUGUCUUCCUUGAGGCUCUGCGCAAUACCUCCUUUGAGGGUGUGACGGGUCCUGUGCGUUUCUACAACAACGAACGCAAGGCCAACAUCCUGAUCAACCAGUUCCAGUUGGGUCAAAUGGAGAAGAUCGGGGAGUACCAUUCCCAAAAGUCGCACCUCGAUUUGAGCCUGGGAAAACCAGUGAAAUGGGUGGGAAAAACGCCGCCCAAGGAUCGAACUCUGAUCUACAUAGAACACAGUCAGGUCAACCCGACCAUAUAUAUUGUAUCGGCUAGUGCCUCGGUUAUUGGUGUGAUCAUUGCAACGGUUUUCCUGGCCUUCAACAUCAAGUAUCGCAAUCAAAGGUACAUAAAGAUGUCCAGUCCCCAUCUGAACAACCUGAUAAUCGUGGGCUGUAUGAUGACCUAUCUGAGCAUCAUUUUCCUGGGACUGGACACCACCUUGAGCAGUGUGGCAGCUUUUCCCUACAUUUGCACAGCUCGAGCCUGGAUCCUGAUGGCUGGGUUCAGUCUCAGUUUCGGAGCCAUGUUCUCGAAGACUUGGCGGGUGCACUCCAUAUUUACCGAUCUUAAGCUCAACAAGAAGGUGAUCAAGGACUAUCAGUUGUUCAUGGUUGUGGGCGUGCUGCUGUUCAUCGAUAUUGCCAUCAUAACUACCUGGCAGAUUGCAGAUCCCUUCUAUCGCGAGACCAAACAAUUGGAGCCUCUGCAUCACGAGAACAUCGAUGAUGUAUUGGUGAUCCCAGAGAACGAAUACUGCCAAUCGGAGCACAUGACCAUAUUUGUGAGCAUUAUCUAUGCAUACAAAGGCCUGCUUUUGGUCUUUGGCGCCUUUUUGGCCUGGGAAACUCGACAUGUUUCGAUACCCGCAUUGAACGACUCCAAGCACAUUGGCUUCUCCGUUUACAAUGUGUUCAUCACCUGUCUGGCCGGAGCGGCUAUAUCCCUGGUGCUAUCGGACCGCAAGGAUUUAGUUUUUGUCUUACUCUCGUUUUUUAUCAUUUUUUGUACGACAGCCACUUUGUGUUUGGUGUUCGUACCGAAAGUAAGACUGGUAUUGGUGGAGCUGAAGAGGAAUCCCCAAGGUGUCGUGGACAAACGGGUGAGGGCCACCCUGAGACCCAUGUCCAAGAAUGGACGCCGGGACUCCUCGGUCUGCGAACUGGAGCAGCGCUUGCGGGAUGUGAAGAACACGAACUGCCGCUUCCGAAAGGCUCUGAUGGAGAAGGAGAACGAGCUGCAGGCUCUGAUCCGGAAGCUGGGACCCGAGGCUCGCAAGUGGAUCGAUGGGGUGACCUGCUCGGGUGGCUCCAAUGUGGGCAGUGAGCUGGAGCCCAUUCUGAGCGAUGAUAUUGUCAGGCUGUCGGCUCCACCAGUGCGUCGGGAGAUGCCCAGCACCACAGUUACCGAGAUGACGUCCGUGGACAGUGUGACCUCGACCCAUGUGGAAAUGGACAACUCCUUUGUGUCCGUGCAGUCCACAGUGAUGGCACCAUCGCUUCCUCCCAAAAAGAAAAAGCAAUCCAUUGUGGAGCACCACUCGCACGCCCCUGCGCCCACCAUGAUGCAGCCCAUCCAGCAGCAGUUGCAGCAGCAUCUGCAGCAACAUCAGCAGAUGCAGCAGCAACACCAACAGCAGCAGCAGCAGCAACACCAGCAAAUGCAACAGCAGCAGCAGCAGCAGCAUCACCAGCAGCAACACCAUCGCCAUCUGGAGAAGAGGAACUCGGUGUCCGCCCAGACAGACGACAAUAUCGGGAGCAUCACCAGCACGGCGGGCAAGCGGAGCACCGGCGACUGCUCCAGCAUGCGGGAGCGGCGACAGUCCACCGCCUCGCGGCACUACGACAGCGGCAGCCAGACGCCCACCGCCCGGCCAAAGUACAGCAGCUCGCACCGGAACUCCUCCACCAACAUCUCCACUUCGCAGUCGGAGCUGAGCAACAUGUGUCCCCACUCGAAGCCCAGCACGCCGGCUGUGAUCAAGACUCCCACUGCCUCGGACCAUCGCCGCACCAGCAUGGGUGCCGCUCUGAAGUCCAACUUCGUGGUGUCGCAGAGCGACCUCUGGGACACGCACACGCUGUCGCACGCCAAGCAACGCCAGUCGCCGCGCAACUACGCCAGUCCGCAGCGCUGUGCGGAGCACCACGGCGGCCACGGGAUGCCCUACGACCCCAACACCACCUCGCCCAUCCAGCGGUCCGUCUCCGAGAAGAACCGCAACAAGCACCGGCCGAAGCCGCAGAAGGGCACCGUGUGCCAGAGCGAGACGGACAGCGAGCGGGAGCGGGAUCCGCCGCCCAGCUGCCAGCCGUGCGUCCAGCCGCGCAAGGUCAGCCGGAGCUCCAAUAUCCAGCAUGCCGCCCACCACCACAGUUCGCCGAAUGUGGCGCCGGACAAGCAGCGGAGCAGGCAGCGCGGCAAGCAGGAGAGCAGCAUCUACGGCGCCAGCAGCGAAACGGAACUGCUCGAGGGCGAGACGGCCAUCCUGCCCAUCUUCCGGAAACUCCUCACCGAGAAGAGCCCCAACUAUCGGGGACGCAGUGCCGUCGGCCAGAGCUGUCCGAAUAUAUCCAUCAAAUGCGAUAUCGUCGAGUACUUGUAGGCGGCGUGAUAGGCGAGGGAUAUGCAUUAUGUAGUCGAACUCCUAUUGUUAGAUCCAGUUGCAGUGUAAAGAUUACCCUUGUUUUUCCGCGUCAUGCAUCUAC